CUCCCCCUGCCGCGCCUCCCCCUCGCGCGAUCUCCUCCUUCUCGCGCCGAAGACCCCCACUCGUCUCACCUGCUCCUCUCUGCGACUCGAUCGCAGCUCCCGAUCGAAGCAUCUGCUGCGCCUCUACCACUUGACCGAAAAUCCCACUCGCCUGCUCCUCCCGCUCGUGCUCGACCGAACGAAUAGAAACUCUCGCCUCCUACCCUCUCUCGCGCGACAGAAGUUCCCCAGUCCUCUUCGUUCGUGCGACCAGAACUCCUUCCUCGCCCGGCAGUUUCGGCCUCCGCUCAUUUACGAACCGAAGCCCUCGACCUCUCUGUUCGGAAGCUCCCAUCGAGGCCCUCGUCCUCCUCUCACGCGGCAUCUAGCUCGAUUCGACCUCCCUCUUCCUCACUCACGCAGGAGAAGCGCCCGAAUCUCUUCCUCACUCGACUGAAGCUGCUGGCCUUCUUCUCGCCAGCGACCAGCUACCUCCCUUUCCCAUUCCUUUUCAUUCUUGCUGUGUUCCUGCUGCGUCGAAGUAAGGUAAGGACAGCCGCAUAAGUUUGGGCUAAAGAUGUAUGGGCGAAGAGCAUCUCAGCUAUUGAGGGAAUUGGCUUCUUGUGAGGCAGGACAGCUUACAGCUUACAAUAAUGAGACAUUUGAGCAAGUUAUUAAAGAAUGCAAAGAGCAUAACUUACAGCUUCAGACAUUGAUUAGGAAAAACGAAGAAGCAAAUUUAGAUAUACAAACAACUAGAAAUGAGGAUCACUUUGGAGCUGUUAUACAUCACCUUUCUCUAACACGCAAUAAACGCUGUCUCAUGGCUUACAUGUAUAAUCGAGCCGAACUAAUUCAGAGCUUGAGAUGGAAGAUUGGCCCCGUGCUUCCUCAAGAAAUACAAGAAAAACUUAAUUAUUCAGAAGAAGGGUAUUUCAAAAACCAUUCUGCAGCCAUAGAGUCAUACAUGUCAGAGCUGGAUCUAGAUUUGACUGUGGAUAUGGUUCCACCAAAGGAUCCUUAUAUCCGAGUAAAAGUGCUUGAAGACAUAGGUGAGGUUUGCAUGGGUGACCAUACGAUCUCCCUCACUCAGCACUCCCUGCAUUUUAUUAAACGCACAGAUUCUGAACCAUUUAUUUCACAGGGCCUGAUGGAGGAGUUUCUUGAGUGAGGCUUGGCUGGAGCUCGCUGGCUGUAACGAUUGGUGAUUCUUUGCUGUAACAAUCAGUUAAGUUUAUGAGCUUGAGAAAUGAUAGAUGAAUCAAUUUUCAUUUUUAAGUUAUAUUUCAUGUCCAUUUUUGUUUCUGGACUAGAUCAUGGCUUUUUGUAUUCUGGUGCUGCAAAAGUUGAUUUUUUUAUUUAUUGUCUUUUUUU